ACCAGAUCAAUCUCACCUGAAUUUGAGUGAAAAACAGUCGAAUUUCAGAGGCAUUUGCAGGGUAUUAAUUAACUUGAGAUCAUGAGGAAGCAAUUCUCGUUUGCUUGCCUGAUGCUCUUGGUUGUGGCUACGCUGCUUUGCACCAUGAACACCGUCUCCGUCGAAGCAGGAAGGGGCGGUUACAAUUCAGUGAACCCGGAUGGUAUGACAUAUAUAAACAGUAUUUCACUUGUACUGAAUAUAAUUGUCCUUCCUGUGGGGAGGAGUGGCUACGAUUCAAUGAAUCCCAACGGAGGGAGUGGCUACAAUUCAGUGAACCCCGAUGGAAGGAGUGGCUACAAUUCAGUCAAUCCCAAUGGGAGGAGUGGCUACAACUCAGUUAAUCCCAAUGGAAGAAGUGGCUACAAUUCUGUCCCUACAAACGGCGGUGGCAACCCUUAGCCAAUUAACUGGGCAACAGUAUCAAUCAAGAACCACCUCAGCUAGUAUAUAGCCGAAAUGGAUGAAUAAAUUAAAGUAUCUAUCAUGCACUAUGCAUAAAAUGUGUAUGUUAUGAAUAAAUUACGUACGAUCCAGUUUGAAGCGUCAGUUUGCAUGGCUUGGAAAUUCGUAUGUAUGUGUGUAAUUUGUGAAAGUCUUUUAUGCAUUUGUCUUGUGUGAAAGUAUUUGUGUAAUUUGUGAAGUACGGCCCAAGUUGGCCCGCUACCAGUCAGAAUCUUGUACCGGCCCAACCAAUAUGGGCCCCACGUAAGACCCGCUCUAGGUCUGCUGAUUAAUUAGUUGUUUUUGUUUUGUUUUAAA